AGUCUCCCAACUCUAUCUCUUCUCUCCAUUCAAUUCAGUUCAAUUUUCUCUCACAAAAAAAUUCUAAUCUCUUACAGACAAGAUGAGAGCAAUGAAGUGCAAUCUUGAACUCCGACUCCUUCCUUCUCACAUGGAAGAUCAAGAAGAAGAGUUUAGUAGUAGAACAAGCCAUGGAGAUCAUGAACAACAACAACAGCUUACCAUUCUUUACAAUGGAAGAGUCUGCGUUUCUGAUGUUACUGAGCUUCAGGCUAGAGCGAUAUUAUCUUUGGCAGCAAGAGAAGUGGAAGAAACAAGGAAAACUCCAACUUCAUCAUCAACGGUACCAGUGUCAUCUUCUUCUCAACUGUCUACCACGCCAAGUAAUCUUUCAAUGAACAGAUCGCUCCAACGCUUCCUCCAGAAAAGAAAGAACCGGAUCCAGUCAAAAUCCCCAUACACUGUUAAUUAAUUAUUAAUCAUGAUUUGGGAGGCAUUAAUUAAUGUAUACAAAUUAUCAUUUUGAGUACUGAUCUUUCAUUCUUGGAUGUGACUGUAUUGGGAGACGUGUUUUGUUGAUGUGACUCUAUUGAGAUUUUGUGUUUUGGUGUAGCUUUGUUAGGGACAACAUGGAGACAUGGAAUGUUGUUGGCCUCUAUGUUGGGUGGGAAGGGAUAAUGUAUAUGAAUUUAUGUUUUGCUGAUAUGACUGUAUUGGGAUACAUGUUUAGCUUGACUUUUUGUAUAAUAAAUAUGAGAUUUUUGUUGGCUCAGCAAAAAUCUGCUAUUGCAUUUGCUUUAAACUAGAGGACAUGUAUUGGGCUUUGUAAAUUACAUUUAUUACCUUCUUUUGUC